AUUCUAAUGUAUUACACAAAAAAACAGUUUCAACUAAAAAUAUGUAUAUAAAUGGUUACUUGUAUCUGUUUAGCAUAAGUAACCACUUGGUUACAACACUAAAAAAAUAAAACUUAACUUUUGGAAUUAGUCUACCACAACAGAAACAUGCAAAAUAUCGCUAUUGAUAAUAAAAUUUGUGUAUUUUUAAAUCAUCAUAAAUUAAUUCAAGAUCUCUAUCAACAACACUCAGAAUCCAACCUUGAAUCAUAUUCGUUAAAACAGCAGCUAUUCAAUUUUAAACCCAAACCGGUCGCCUUUGCUUUGGAAACUUCCCUCAGUUCAAAACAAAUCAAAAACCUUAAUAGAAAACGAAAAGCGGAAACGGAAAAUGAUGCUACACUUAAAGAAAUCUUCAAAUUGCAGCCAUUUCUUAAGGAAAUACAAAACAAUUUCUUACCACCACAAGAGAACUGUGAAGAUCUGCCACGUUUAUGGGAGGAGCAACAAGAAUUUCCCCAGUUUCGUGGGGCAAACGCCACAAAUGAAUUCCAAAUAACCCAAUUUGACAAAAAAGAUUAUAUUAUUCCCCCCAAAACAAAAUUCCUUAAUUACAAUAUCGAAGAUUUACCCAAAUUACUGCUAGAGCUAGAAACAUAUGACUUAAUAACUAUGGAUAUGCCGUGGCAAAAUAAAUACAUUAAACGUUUGAAAAAAGUCAACACUUCGUUAGCCUAUCAAAUGCUUGACAAUGACACCCUAAAAAAGAUGCCCAUACCUCAACUCAUACAUACCAACACCUUGGUGGUACUGUGGUGCACCAAUGCCCUACAACACCGCCAAGCUCUAGAACAGGAGUUCCUGCCGUACUGGAAUCUACAAUUGGUACACACUUUAAAAUGGUUUAAAAUAAACACCGCUGGUGAAUUGAUAAGUCCGCCCAAACCGGAGGGCUUUAAACAACCCUAUGAAUUGGUGUAUAUAGCCUGUCAUAAAGAUAGAGAUUUAUUAGAAUUGAAAGAGCUCACAAUGGUGGAUUUCCUGAUAAGUAUACCCAGUAUUAUACACUCUCAUAAACCUCCCUUAGUGGAAUGGCUAAAGAAAUUUCUACCGAGUAGUGAGAAUUUUAAGGGUUUAGAAAUUUUUGCCCGUUAUUUACAGCCUCAAUUCACCUCAAUUGGUUUGGAAGUUUUAAAAUUAAUGGAUAAACGUUUGUACGAGGCGGAAGGUGGUGUGGAAAUGGUUAAAGAAAAUUAGUUUAAGAAUUGUUUGUACAAAUUUUAUUAAAUAAACUGAUUUCGAUUAGAAACAAA